CAGCAGAUGUCCAACAGCAGCUCCAUCACACAGUUCCUCCUCCUGGCAUUCGCAGACACACGGGAGCUGCAGCUCUUGCACUUCUGGCUCUUCCUGGGCAUCUACCUGGCUGCCCUCCUGGGCAACGGCCUCAUCAUCGCCAACAUUGCCUGUGACCACCACCUCCACACCCCCAUGUACUUCUUCCUCCUCAAUCUCUCCCUCCUCGACCUGGGCUCCAUCUCCACCACUGUCCCCAAAUCCAUGGCCAAUUCCCUCUGGCACAGCAAGGCCAUUUCCUAUGCAGGUUGUGUUGCCCAAGUCUUUCUCUAUGUCUUUCUCAUUUCAGCAGAGUAUUCUCUUCUCACCAUCAUGUCCUACGACCGCUACGUUGCCAUCUGCAAACCCCUUCACUACGGGACCCUCCUGGGCAGCAGAGCUUGUGUCCACAUGGCAGCAGCUGCCUGGGGCGCUGGGUUCCUCACUGCUCUGCUGCACACGGCCAAUACAUUUUCCCUGCCCCUCUGCCAGGGCAAUGCUCUGCACCAGUUCUUCUGUGAAAUACCACAGAUCCUCAAGCUCUCCUGCUCACACUCCUACCUCAGGGAAGCCGGGCUUAUUGUUGUCAGUGUGUUAGUAUUCUUUGGCUGUUUUGUUUUCAUUGUGGUGUCCUAUGUGCAGAUCUUCAGGGCUGUGCUGAGGAUCCCCUCUGAGCAGGGACGGCACAAAUCCCUUUCCAUGUGCCUCCCUCACCUGGCCGUGGUCUCCCUAUUUCUCAGCACCGGCACUUUUGCCGACCUGAAGCCCCCUUCGAUCUCCCCAUCCCUGGACCUGGUGGUGUCAUUUCUCUACUCUGUGGUUCCUCCAGCAGUGAACCCCCUCAUCUACAGCUGGAGGAACCAGCAGCUCAAGGAGGCAGCGUGGAAAAUGAUAACUGGAUGUUUCCCUGAAGCAAUGAACUCCUGAACUUCUGC